AUGGCCGCAUCAUUUCGCAUGCAGCGGCUGGCACAGCGAUCGCUGCUCUCCGCAGUUCCCCCGUCACGGACGAAGGCGAGACACUCGCUAUUCUCAACAGGCGCGUGCAUUUUCUGCCAACUGAGACCGAGGAUCUUGGCUGCUCAACCUGCGCGAGGACCUGGACUGACGUUGCAAACCCGUCGACUUGCCUCGACCUCCUCAUCUACAACAGCAACCGAGACGAGCAAUCAGGAUAGCAACCUUCCAGACCUUACAAACCACUAUACCAUUUUUCGCGAGACUCUGCCGGCAGGACCACCUCCCGCUUCAUCAUUUGAUAUCCCUCUGAGCGAUUUGAGACGCGAGUUCCUCCGCCUGCAGAAUGUGAUACAUCCGGACAAGUUUCCGCCAGGACCAGCGAAGCAGCGGGCGGAGGCGCUGUCCGCCCGGAUCAACGAAGCGUAUCGGACUCUAGCGGACCCUCUACAGCGGGCGCAGUAUCUUCUGCGCGAGAUUCAUGGUAUCGAUGUGACCGCGGAAGACGGAGCGACCCAACAUGCGCUCGACCCGGAGACACUGAUGGAGGUCAUGGAGGUUCAGGAGACGAUUGAGGAUGUCGGUGCAGGCCCGGGGGCUGAAGAAGCCAUUGCUGCGCUGAAGAAGGAGAAUGACGCGCGGGUGGCGGAUUGUGUGAAGAGCUUGGCACAAGCCUUUGAACGGGGGGAUAUCGAGGCUGCGCGUCAGGAGUGUGUGCGGUUGAGGUUCUGGUAUAGUGUCGGUGAAGGCUUACGGGAGUGGGAACCAGGCAGGACAGAGAUUCGCCUGAUUCAUUGA